CCUUGCAGUUCGCAUUAAUGUUACUUCUCGGUGCAUAGAAAAUGAUUAAAAUUAGUAAAAAGUCCUACUCAGGCGUAGAGUGUCUAUUGGCAUUGGUCAUAAUGCCGGUUCUUUGCGGAACUUUCGAUGUUCAGAGUGAUUUUCCGUUAUUUGCAGGGGCUGCAGAUGUUGAAAAGGGACCGGAAUUGGAUCUGAGCAAAAUAAUCAACUAUAAUGUGUAUUCAAAGAUAUUCGUACGUAAACGAGAGGAACAUAAACUACUGGUGAACCAUUUCCAAUCGAUCGACGAUUAUGCUAAGCGCUACAAGUUGAUGAAACUUGGCAUAGAUGAAGUUAUUCGGGUCAUCCGAGAGGAAGGCGGCAAGCUACGCGGAAAUCGCAUCACGGCUGAUUCCGAGUUUCCCAAGAUACAGGAAUUGAUGAACGCACUGGCUCAGUUUCUCGAAAAUACGUGUCUCUUCGGUGAAAUUGUGCUGCACUUUCCAGACAUGUCGUACCGUAUGCUUAAAAGUGUUACCGAUUGGCGUGAGCUACUGACACAGGCAUUGACCUACACGGAAACGUUCAAGCAAGUUCUAGACGAUAAAUCGAUCGAAUUGCUCAAUCUGUUGAAUCAGGAAAUUAACGAGGACCAACGCACCGCCGAUUACGUCAAUCCGUACCGCGACCAAGAGCAAGACCCUUCGGAUGCUUCUAAAAAGAAGAAAGGUAAAACGAAACCCAAGAAAGGGCCAUCGCUGAUACCUCCGAAGAAUGAAUUAUGAAAUGUGGCUGAAGCUUGUACCUUUAUAUCGUUGUUCAAAUACA